CGCGUUAUCUCGUCUGUUACAAAAUCUAUAUCGGGUCAGCCCAUUUAAGGCCCAUUAUAAAAUAUCAGGUCCAAGCCUGCGUAAACAUCUUACCAACAACACUUAAAAUACAUGAAUCAGAUCAGUGAUGACGUUGUUUGGGUCAAACUGCUCUGUACUCUCUCUCUCUCUCUCUCUCGACGCUCAACAACUGAAAUCUUCAAGCUUCUCCGAUAGUACUUGUAAAAAUGGAAACGUCGCCGCAGCUCAGGCUUAUAAUCGCCGUAUUCAUUUCUUCACUCAUCGCUUUCCGAUCGUACAAACGGAAGUCGCUCGAUCUCUCCGGUGGAAUUGCUGGAUUCCUUGUUAUGACCAUCCAUUUCACCGCCGGUUACAGGUACGGAGCUCUGCUGCUUGUAUUCUUUCUUACUUCCUCGAAGCUUACCAAGGUUGGCGAAGAUAAAAAACGACGCGUUGAUAUUGAGUUUAAGGAAGGUGGACAAAGGAACUGGUUACAAGUGUUAUGCAAUAGUGGGAUUGCAUCAGUUCUAGUUGUAAUUGCAUGUACUUUAACGGGUUGGCAGGACAAGUGUUUGGACUCCAAGCAGUCGAUAACUGUAACAGCUCUUAUUGGUGGGAUCAUUGGUCAUUACGCUUGCUGUAGUGGAGACACUUGGUCCUCGGAGCUUGGGGUUCUAAGUGAUGCCCAGCCUCGACUAAUCACAACGUUUAAGCCGGUAAAGAAGGGCACAAAUGGUGGAGUUACAAAGACAGGACUCUUAGCUGCCUUGGCAGCCGGCACCACUGUUGGAUUAACAUUCAUUAUCUUCGGAUUCUUUACCGCAAAAUGCACAAGCGAUGUGGCUCUAAAGCAACUCUUAGUCGUUCCACUCGCUGCAUUAGCUGGAUUAUGUGGGAGUCUUAUUGAUUCUGUACUAGGAGCAACCAUCCAAUUCAGUGGCUUCUGCUCUGUUCGGAACAAGAUUGUAGGGAAACCGGGGCCGACCGUAAAGAAGAUAUCAGGAGUGGACAUUCUUGACAACAAUGGUGUGAACUUUGUCUCCAUACUCUUGACAUCCUUUCUGACUUCCAUUGCUUCUAUGUACAUUUUCUGAAUGCUAAAGUGACCAACCUUGUUUUCUGGACCAGACUGUUUUCACUUUUCCACAAUUUACAAGCCAAAACUUAAUAUACACUUUUAUAUUAUAUCUUAAAUGCUAAAUUUGUUGUAUGCUGGGUGAGUUCUGUUAGUUUCUUAGAACAGUCUUCUUUCAGUAUGUAUGCAUUAAUCACAGCUACAAUUGUAAUUUAACUUUAAUUUAAUUUCUUAGAACA